GGGCCGGCCUUGCCCCUGGCUCGCUUGUUUCGUGGCCGCUGAGAACUUGAUUCGCGGAGAUGGUGAAGCAGACGAUCCAGAUUUACGCCCGGGUGAAACCUUUGGGCAAAAGGCAGACUCCCGGGAUAUAUUCAGUUGAUGAAAUUGAGACAUCAGCAUUUGAUCUGGAGAUUAUUGUACCACGUGAUUUGUCGGAUGGAUUUGUCAAUAACAAACGAGAAAACUAUAAGUUUAAAUUUCAGAAAGUAUUUGAUCAGGAAUCAAAACAAGAUGAAAUUUUUGAAACUAUUGCCAAGCCAGUUACAGAAUGUGCUCUGUCUGGCUAUAAUGGAACUAUAUUUGCCUAUGGACAAACAGGCAGUGGCAAGACUUUUACGAUCACUGGAGGAGCAGAACGUUACAGUGAUCGGGGAAUAAUUCCACGAACCCUUUCUUACAUAUUUCAGAGGUUGCAAAAGGAUAGCAGUAAAGUAUAUACCACACAUAUUUCUUACUUAGAAAUUUAUAAUGAGUGUGGUUAUGAUCUGCUCGAUCCACGGCAUGAAGCCUCCAAACUUGAAGACUUACCAAAAGUUACAAUAAUGGAGGAUCCUGAUCAGAACAUUCACCUGAAACAUCUCUCUUUGCAGCAAGCAACCAAUGAAGAAGAAGCCCUGAAUCUGCUUUUCUUAGGUGACACAAACAGGAUGAUUGCAGAAACUCCAAUGAAUCAAGCCUCCACACGUUCACAUUGCAUUUUCACCAUUCAUAUCUCAAGCAAAGAACCAGGAUCAGCAACCAUUCGGCGUUCCAAACUACACUUAGUGGACCUGGCUGGUUCAGAGCGUGUUGGAAAGACUGGAGUUGGAGGCCAGCAACUGACAGAGGCCAAAUACAUCAAUCUGUCUCUACAUUAUUUGGAACAGGUAAUCAUUGCUCUGUCAGAAAAAAACAGAUCUCACAUCCCCUACAGAAACUCUAUGAUGACUUCAGUGCUAAGAGACAGCCUGGGAGGGAAUUGCAUGACAACAAUGAUUGCAACACUCUCAAUAGAAAAAAGGAACAUAGAUGAAUCUAUAUCAACCUGUAGAUUUGCUCAGCGAGUUGCUGUUAUUAAAAAUGAAGCUGUUCUAAAUGAAGAAAUUGAUCCUGGAUUGAUGAUUAUGCGUCUGAAGAAGGAAAUCCAGGAAUUAAAAAAUGAAUUGGCCAUGGUGACUGGAGAACAAAGACUUGAAGAACUCUCAAAAGAAGAGCUGCUAGAAUUAGAUGAGCAAGUUAAAGAAUUUUUGGAAGAUACUGAUCCUGAAAAUAUUUUGGAAAUUGGAGCUGACAUGCGGAAGAUCAAAUACUGUUUCAGCCAUUUAAAGAGACUGGUAAAUGAUGCAAAGCUUCCUGGCAACCAAUUACUUGGACCAGAUGCUCAGGAAGAUAAAAGUGCUAAUACUGUAAUUGGCAAUGAAGAGUUAAAGAAACUGAAGAAUCUUUUGCAGCAACGAGAUAAUGAAAUCAACAUUUUAGUAAAUAUGUUAAAGAAAGAAAAAAGGAAAACACAAGAUACCCUUCAUCUCAGUGCUUCAUCCAAGGAAAUCUCAGCUACAGAAAGUUCCUUUGAUUUGAAAAAUAUGGAGACUGAGCAGAUGGUCCCUGUCAUUUUGGAAACAAAAUCUAAUUCUCACUCAAAGAGCCGAGGAGUGGGAAAAGAAAUGUCACUUGGACGCCAAGAAGCCUUUGAAAUUUUCAAGAGAGAUUAUGUAGAUAGCAUAACUAUUGAAGACAAUAAACAACUCCUUAAACAAAGGUUUGCUGAAGCAAAAUCUUUGGGACAAAAAGUAAAUGAUGUAAGACAUCAAAUCAAUCAUCUAAAAGAAGAGAUAAUCCAGCGGCACAUGCAAAAGGCAGCACAAGCUGUAAUCAGUCCUCGAGAAAUGAAUCAACCUGAUCCAAUAGAAGAAGCACUUCGAACACAAAUUGAACAGAAGAAAAUAAGUUAUAAAACAGUGUUUACUCACUUGAAAGGGCUGAAGAUAGAGAUCGAACACUUGCAGCUCCUCAUGGAAAAAGCAAAACUGAAGUUGCAAAAAGAUUUUGAAGCUUGGUGGUCUGAGGAAACAAUAAGCUUGCAGAGCCAAGAAGAAAAGCCACUUUUGCAGAAUUCAGCCAAUUUUCUAAAGACGCCUCCCUUGUUUUUUGAAAAUCAGGUACAUCCAGGUACUAUCAGGGUUCCAAAUAACAGCAGAGCCAGCUCCAAUGAAGAGUCAACCAUGAAGAGCAGUGUGAGCAGAGUCAGCAACUCAAAUUCAAAAAUGAGGAUUUCUCCAGAUCCAAGUUCUACCAUCCCCUUCACAGGAGAUCGUCAAACUGAUGCUGAUAUUAUAGCUUUCAUUAGAGCUAGAAAGAACCUCUUACAUAAAAAAGGAUUGGGAGACAACUAAACUCUGAUUUAUGCAGCAAAGGCCUCAUUUUAAAAUUAGAAAAAGUAACUAUAACUAUAUAGGACAAAUUGAAUUGCAGCUGAAUUUAUGAGGGAGAGAGGGUAGGAGAAAGAGAAAAUGAAUUUCUGCAAGGAAUAGCAUUCAACCGGUGUCUUCAUUAUUUUCAUAAUAUCAAAAAAGUGAAACAAGCUCUAACUUGGAACAUCAAGAACAGAAAAGUUUUAUUGGUUUUCAAAUGUCAUCACUACCAAGCCCUGUUUCUGAACCUAACACAGAAGUACUUUCUUGGACUUUUAUGAGACAAUCUUGGACUAGAACGCUUUAUUUGGCUUUGAGGUUGGGAAGGGUUCAGAUUGUAUAUAGUGUCUCACCGAGAACUGCAGAUAUCUUUUUUUUUCCUAACUGUAAUUUAGUAUUGUUAACUAAACUAGCAUUUUUUAAAUUACAUACAUGGGGAUCAUGUACUGAAUUGUAUUUCCAAAUGUUAUUCCCCCCCCUAAGAUUUCUAUAAUUGCCUUUCAGGUGCUGGAAUCCUGCAUCUUUAUGGACCGACUUUUCUUCUAUGCAUAGUUAUUGUCUGAGAAUAUUGUGCUCAAAAGUUUGCUUCUGUGUGUCAUUUGAAUAACAGUUAUUCCCUUUUAUUAAAUAUAAAAACUACUAGAAUAUUCUAUUGCAUAAUACAAGUCAGAAAAAUAUGUUGAUAUUCCUUUUUUCCCCCUCUUGAAUCUGUAGCCUAAAACUAUUAGGAAAGAUAUUUUAUUAAGGUGCUUUUAAUAUUUGUAACAGCUGGCCUUCAAGUAUGUUGGCUGUAUAGAACAUCUUCAUUUAAUAAAAGUAAAGCAAAAUAAUGAUAGUCACUUAGAGAUACAGAUCUUGUUUGCUGAAUCAUGAAAUAUGAACUUGGACCAUGGGUUAUACUGUGGUUAAAGGUGGGUACCUUGAAUGUAAUUUUA